UUGCAAAACUAUACGGAUUGAAAUUGCGUGUUAUUAUUGCUAUAAACUGCGUUCAUAAUUAUUUAAGAAGUAUCUAUUAUAGAAUUUAAAGCCUAACUAACUGCAAACAUGUCCUACGCGUAUUUGUUUAAAUAUAUUAUCAUUGGCGACACUGGCGUUGGUAAAUCAUGUCUGCUGCUGCAAUUCACGGACAAGCGCUUCCAGCCGGUGCAUGAUCUGACAAUUGGCGUUGAGUUCGGCGCACGCAUGAUCACCAUCGAUGGCAAACAAAUUAAAUUGCAAAUCUGGGAUACAGCCGGCCAAGAGGCAUUCAGAUCUAUCACACGAUCGUAUUAUCGUGGAGCGGCAGGCGCUCUGCUUGUCUAUGACAUCACAAGGCGAGAGACCUUCAACCACUUGACCACAUGGCUGGAGGAUGCGCGUCAGCACUCAAACUCCAACAUGGUCAUCAUGCUCAUUGGCAACAAAAGCGAUCUGGACUCGAGGCGUGAGGUGAAAAAGGAGGAGGGCGAGGCAUUCGCACGCGAACAUGGCCUAGUCUUUAUGGAGACAUCGGCACGCACGGCGGCCAAUGUGGAGGAGGCCUUCAUAAAUACAGCCAAAGAGAUUUACGAGAAGAUACAGGAGGGUGUAUUCGACAUAAACAAUGAGGCAAAUGGCAUUAAAAUCGGGCAACAGGCAACGCCCACAAAUCCAGCACUACCCGGCGCCGGCGGUGCGGGUGGUGCGGUUAAUAGCGGCUGCUGCUAGGAGUAAUAUGUUUUUUGCCGUUGCCUGCACUUUGGAUAUCCGUAGCCGACAGCUGAUAGCCGCUUCUGUAAAAGCUACUAGUGACUAACUCUUAGAAGGUAGUGGAUGCAGACCUAUUGUUUUCAUUUUUUUAUUCAAGUAAAAGAAUAACCGUAAAUAUAAACUUAGCUGCAAAGAAAUAGUUAAAUCGCAAAACUAGUGGAACGAUAUCGACACUAAGCGUAAUGUUAAAAAAAAAAAAACAGAACGAACAGAAAACUAAAAUAAUCGCUGAAAAUGAAAUAGUAAAA